AAGACAAAUGUCCAUUUCUAGGCAGUUCCAGUGAGCUUUUCUCCAUUAAUCAUCACCCUCCUAAUUAAACAUUUGAAAUAGCUAUGAGACUCUUCAUAAUAGCCAACUUCUCCAUCCUACUCUUUUGGUUUGGAGCUUCCACUCUCACUCUCACUCUCACUCUCCUUUCAUUUUUCUUCUAUGUCUUCCUCUUCGUAACAAGUUACUACCUCGUUCCCGGAGGCUCUGCAUGGUCCGGUUACGGCCAUGCCAUGAAACUUCGAGGACCGGUAGGGUGGCCCGUAUUGGGUUCCAUACCCGAGCAAAUGAGCUCUCUUGCUCAUCGUAGACUAGCCAGCAUGGCAGCUUCGUUGGAUGCAAAGAGACUCAUGGUGUACAGUCUAGGCGUGACUACGCGUGUCAUCAUUAGCAGCCACCCGGACACUGCUAAGCAAAUCUUAGGAGGGUCUUCCUUUUCCGACCGUCCUAUUAAGCAAUCCGCUCGAGCACUAAUGUUCAAGCGCGCCAUAGGGUUUGCUCCUUCCGGGGCGUACUGGCGCCACCUGCGUAGGUUAGCAGCAGUCCACAUGUUCUCGCCUAAAAGAAUUGCCGGACUGGAAGGGCUAAGGCAGAACGUGGCGGACCAAAUGGCGGUGAGGGUGCAGGAGGAGAUGGAGGAGAGGAGAUUUGUGUUGGUGAGAGGAAUAUUGCAGGUGGGUUCUAUGAAUAACAUAAUUGAGAGUGUUUUUGGGUUAGGGUUAGAGGAUGAGGAGGGUAGUAGUUCUGACUUGACGUUGACUCUGCAUGACAUGGUCAAAGAAGGGUAUGACUUAAUUUCUAGGUUUAAUUUGGAGGAUUAUAUUCCUCUGAGGUUCUUGGACUUCUACGGUGUGAAGAGGAAGUGUCACAACUUGGCGGCUAAGGUUAAGAGUGUGGUGGGUGAAAUUGUGAAGGAAAGAAAAAGAGGAGGAGAUUUUAGUGGCCGGAGUGACUUUCUCAGUGCUCUGCUAGCUUUGCCUGUGGAGGAUCAGUUGAGUGAUUCAGACUUGGUUGCUGUUCUGUGGGAAAUGAUAUUUCGAGGGACAGACACUGUUGCGAUACUUCUUGAGUGGAUUAUGGCAAGGAUUGCCUUGCACCAAGACAUCCAAGCCAAGGCACAAGAAGAGCUUAAUACAAUCGUUGGGAAUCACAGGAACGUGAGGGAUUCCGACCUUCCGAAACUGCCGUACCUUCAAGCCAUAGUUAAGGAAGUGCUCCGGAUGCACCCUCCGGGCCCAUUGCUAUCGUGGGCCCGUCUCACGGUGCAUGACGUCCACGUUGACAAGGUUCUUGUGCCUGCUGGCACAACGGCCAUGGUCAACAUGUGGGCUAUAACCCAUGACCCGGCCAUCUGGAAGGACCCGUGGGUGUUUAAACCUGAGCGGUUCAUUGAAGAGGACGUGUCGAUAAUGGGAUCGGACCUUAGGCUUGCGCCCUUUGGCUCCGGCCGUAGGGCAUGCCCGGGAAAAGCGCUAGGGUUAGCUACAGUGCACUUGUGGCUUGCAAGGCUUUUGCACCAGUUCAAGUGGCUUCCGGCGGUGCCCGUAGACCUUUCGGAGUGCUUAAUGCUGUCUAUGGAAAUGAAGAAACCACUCACCUGCCGUGUUAUCCCGCGUUGUGGCCUUACAAGCUAACGAGCCAGAGGAGAUUAUUAUGAAUGAAUAAGGAAAUCAAAUACAUGAUGCAUAUAUAUAUAUAUAGUAAGAUAUGCAAAGAAUGUAAAAUAUCUAGUGUGACAAUUAAGAUUGAUAUAGCUAAGUUGUUUGCAUACAUAAUGUAUCUGUAAAAUGUUGCUUUUUUAACUAUAUAUAUCUAUAUGAAAUCUGGUUCAGUAGUUUCUGUAAUUC